GUUGCUGGCCCUGUGCUGGUACCCGUUUGAGACAGGAUUAAGGAGGAAGGCUUUGGAGGUGCCAGCGGUAGUAAACGUGGGUUCUGCACACUCCCGGCGUCUCUGGUCGCACGGGGGAUGGGGGAAGAUAGGGGAACGCACGUAGCGUCACCGGAGGCGCAGAGGGGCGGCGGAGUUCAGUGGGCGACUGAUAAAUGCUGCAUUGCUUCUCCGCGGUAGCCCCUCUCCUGCCACCACCUCCUCCCUCGCUCCCCGCAGCCUCCCUCCCGGAACACGCCAGGCCCUAAACAUCGUCAUCUGCUGCUGUGAUUAGUGGCACCGCAAUUCCGGCUGAUGCGGGAAGUUUAGGUGGCCCAGGGACACGGUGUCGCCGAAAGACAUUUGGAUUGCGACAUUAUGGCCCAAUGACUAUAUUUUCAUGGAUCUUAAAUCCUUCAGGGAGCGGAUUUCAAGUUGCCCCUUUUCGGAGCAACCUCCCACCAGCGCCAAGGGGUCCCCCCAGGUCACUGAGCGGUGAGCAAACAAGUCUCCGAAAUUUCCUUCGGGACUGAAGUUUACCCACCGCGAAUUCUCUUUCUCUGUUCUUUCUCCGGUCCAAACCAACAACCCAAUCGGUGGAAAAGGAAAAAGCCACGUUCACGUUCCUGCACCGUAAUGACUGACGGACGGAGGGAGUCGCAUUUCCGAGCCAAGGAAGCCCUGGCUGCCCCGCACCCCUGCGCCCUCCCUCCCCCGCACCCCGCCACCCCUCCCUCGCUCCCCAGGCUGCCUGCAUCGCCUUUGGGAAGAUGAAUAGCUUGGCCGAAGUUGUUUUUCCUUUCCGGUGGCCCUGAUCAGGUGUCCCCGCCCCCUCUCGCCGCCUUCUCCCGACGCCCCUUCCCGGCCCGGCCCCUCCUCUCCCCGCCCCCCUCCGGGCUGGACCGCGGAUGGUACGUUCCGCACGUGAGCUGGGUGCUGGUCUGGCCGGCGACGCGCGUGCCCUGUGGCCAAACACUGCCCGGAGUGAGAGCAAACUACCAGUGCAGUGGGGCCGGCGCGAGUGUGCGUGUGCGUGUGCUUGUGAGUGUGUGUGUGUGUGUGUGUGUGCGAGAGAGCGAGCGAGGUGGAGGGGGGACCAACUGCUUCACACUUUCAACACUGCACUGAAAGACUGGAGACGCACAGAUCCCCCCGAGAUCUUCCCAGGCUACCGUCCCACAGAUUAUAGAACAGAGCCCCAAAAAUCGAAACAGAGGAAACGGACAGCGAUUGAACAUGGACGAAGGAAUUCCUCAUUUGCAAGAGAGACAGUUACUGGAACAUAGAGAUUUUAUAGGACUGGACUAUUCCUCUUUGUAUAUGUGUAAACCCAAAAGGAGCAUGAAGCGAGAUGACAGCAAGGAUACCUACAAAUUACCGCACAGAUUAAUAGAAAAGAAGAGAAGAGACCGAAUUAAUGAAUGCAUUGCUCAGCUGAAAGAUUUACUGCCUGAACAUCUGAAAUUGACAACUCUGGGGCAUCUGGAGAAAGCCGUAGUCUUGGAAUUAACAUUGAAACACUUAAAAGCUUUAACAGCCUUAACCGAGCAGCAGCAUCAGAAGAUAAUUGCUUUACAGAAUGGGGAGCGAGCUCUGAAGUCGCCCAUUCAGUCCGACUUGGAUGCGUUCCACUCGGGAUUUCAAACAUGCGCCAAAGAAGUCUUGCAAUACCUCUCCCGGUUUGAGAGCUGGACACCCAGGGAGCCGCGGUGUGUGCAGCUGAUCAACCACUUGCACGCCGUGGCCACCCAGUUCCUGCCCACCCCCCAGCUGUUGACUCAACAGGUCCCGGUGAGCAAAGGCGCCGGCGCUGCCUCGGCCGCCGCCCCCGCCGGCUCCGCGGCCGCCCCCUGCCUGGAGCGCGCAGGGCAGAAGCUGGAGCCCCUCGCCCACUGCGUGCCCGUCAUCCAGCGGACUCAGCCCAGCGCCGAGCUCGCCGCCGAGAACGACACGGACACCGACAGCGGCUACGGCGGCGAGGCCGAGGCCCGGCCGGACCGCGAGAAGAGCAAAGGCGCGGGGGCGAGCCGCGUCACCAUCAAGCAGGAGCCUCCCGGGGACGACUCGCCGGCGCCCAAGAGGAUGAAGCUGGAUUCCCGCGGCGGCGGCGGCGGCGGCCCGGGAGGUGGCGCGGCGGCGGCGGCGGCCGCGCUCCUGGGGCCCGACCCGGCCGCCGCGGCCGCACUGCUGAGACCCGACGCCGCCCUGCUCAGCUCGCUGGUGGCGUUCGGCGGAGGCGGGGGCGCGCCCUUCGCGCAGCCCGCGGCCGCCGCGGCCCCCUUCUGCCUGCCCUUCUACUUCCUCUCGCCUUCGGCGGCCGCCGCCUACGUGCAGCCCUUCCUGGACAAGAGCGGCCUGGAGAAGUAUCUGUACCCGGCGGCGGCCGCCACCCCGUUCCCGCUGCUGUACCCCGGCAUCCCCGCCCCGGCCGCCGCCGCCGCUGCCGCCGCCGCCGCCGCCGCCUUCCCCUGCCUGUCCUCGGUGUUGUCGCCCCCUCCCGAGAAGGCGGGCGCCGCUGCCGCCGCGACCCUCCUGCCGCACGACGUGGCGCCCCCUGGGGCGCUGCACCCCCCGCACCCGCACGGCCGCACCCACCUGCCCUUCGCCGGCCCCCGCGAGCCCGGGAACCCGGAGUGCUCUGCUCAGGAAGACCCCUCGCAGCCAGGAAAGGAAGCCGCCUGAACCCCUAGAAAGGACGGAGGUUCAAGCGGAGUGAACAAGUUAAAACAUCCCUAACGUUUUUAAGAGAGGAAGUGUAAUAGAUGCACGGCAGGCUUAAAACAGAAACACAGGUGUUCUGUGUGCAUUUGGAGUUCCUGUUUUGCUCAUCCCUCAGCACCCCACCCUCCACACGCUAACAUCCUUCUCUUCCCCCACCAGCUGUGAAAGGUCUCCUGAGAUAGCUAGUGGUUCCUCUUGCUUUAAAGAAUCCCCCCGGAUAAGUUUUGCCCCCUUUUAGGCCGUGUUCCAUUAUCUUUUAAAAUGUGGAGCCUACUGCUAGAAGAAGUAAGAAGGGUCUGCUCUGGGUGAGCUAAUUGAACCCGGGUAGGGGGAAAGAUGCUAAUACCGUGGACGUCUUUGACUGGGGUUGACGUGGAACCGCAGAUAGUUGUUAUAUAGAGCUGCGUCUCGAAGUUGCACUGCCUGUUGUAGGAGGCUUUCCACAAACAGACUGAGGAUCUUUUAGAAUUAAAUUUACUCUUCAGUAUUGUAUAAUGUUCAGUUUUUUGAAAGGCAUAUAUUUUUCAAAGAAAAAGCAGUGAGGAUGCAGUUGCUCACGUUGCAAACUAUUCUGAAGUGGUUUAAAUGGUAUCUCUUAGUAAAUUGCACUUGUUGAAAGAGACACGGAGUAGGGCCGCCGUCAGAACUGUCAGGGAAAGAGAUGGAGGAGGAAGGCCACCAUCAUUCUUAGGACAUUUGCUAGCACUUUAUUGAGAAGUUGACCAUGAAUCAAUUGACUCAUCUUAAUUUCUUCUUAGCCCGUAUAUGUGUGUGUAUAUAUACAUGCAUAUCUGUGUGUGUGUGUAUAUAUAUAUACCAAGUGCAUCUAUUCGUACUCUCACUAUUUAAUCCAUCGAUCCAUCGUGUUCCUAAAGUUUUGUAAUCUUACUGUAAAAAAAAAAAACAAAGUGCACUGAACUUAAACGCAAAAAAGAAAACAAGUCCAAACUGAUUUGUCCUAUAUCCUUUAAAUCACAAAAGUGGAGGAAGCACGACACCGUCAGCUUUGACUGGAAAUGCUGUAAAGAUGUGAAAUGAAGCCCUGUGAGGCCUUCCUAUCUCCAAGUCUAUGUAUUUUCUGGAGACCAAACCAGAUACCAGAUAAUCACAAAGAAAGCUUUUUAAAUAAGGCUUAAACCAAGACCUUGUCUGGGUAUUUUUAGUUUGUUGCCAAGGUAGCACUGUGAGAAAUCUCACUUGAAUGUUAUGUAAGGGGUGAGACACAACAGUCUGACUAUGAGUGAAGAAAAUAUCUGGGUCUUUUAGUCAGUUUGGUGCAUUUGCUGCUGCUGUUGCUACUGUUUGCCUCAAACGCUGUGUUUAAACAACGUUCAACUCUUAGCCUACAAGGUGGCUUUUAUGUACAUAGUUGUUAAUACAUCAAUUAAUGUCUGACAUGCUAUUUUUGUAGGGAGAAAAUAUGUGCUGAUGAUAUUUUGAGUUAAAAUAUCUUUGGGGGAGGAUUUGCUGAAAAGUUGCACUUUUGUUACAAUGCUUAUGCUUGGUACAAGCUUAUGCUGUCUUAAAUUAUUAAAAAAAUAAAUAAAUACUGUCUGCAAGAAACCAGCUGGUUUAGAAAAUUUAGUAUGUGAAGAUAAACUAGAAAUUAUCUUUAUAUUCUAGUAUUUUCAGCACUCCAUAAAUCCUAUUACCUAAAUAUUGCCACACUAUUUUGUGAUUUAAAAAUUCUUAACUAAGGAAUAAAAACUUUAAUAUACAAUAUGAGAUUGUCUAAUAAUUAAAAAGACAUAAUGGAUGCUCAAUUAGUUUUAAGAUAUCUAUAACUGUAGGGAUGAAAGUCAUUAAGAUCUCAGAUAUACAACGUUCUUUGUCACUGGCUUGAUAUCACACGUUUCCAAUCCCUUGCAAGCCUCCAGGCUCUGGCUGUGUCUACCUGCUUGUUCCCAAUGUACCUUAAUGAAAAGUGCAAAAGAAAAAUCUA